AUGAGGCCUGAGCUGGCAAAGCGAGAAAGGCAGGAGGUCAGGUGCGGCGGCGACCAGUCAGGAACCACUAGUGGCAGACGUGCGGGAGAGGGUGAAGUUGGCUGGAUCUUUGCAGUUUUCAGUGCCUGGUGGUGGAUAAACUAUUGUUCGAAGGGGACGAAUCAGGAGCUUGCUUUAGGACGAUGGGCGCCGAAAAAGAAAGACAAGAAAGCUUUGCUUAAAAAACAAGAAGAAGAAAGACUCAGGCAAGAAGAGCUCGCUCGUCAGGAGCAGGAAAGAAUCCGUCUGCUAGAAGAAGAAGAACGGCUUAGGAAAGAAGAAGCAGCUCGAAUCAAAGCGGCAUGGAAUGACUAUCUGUACAGAACUAAGGAAUUGGAUUCUCUCAAGUUGCCCAUGGUUAACACCUUCAUCACAGAAUGGAUGGAUGACUCGUCAUUCGAAAUUGAAUCAAUUGUGCAAACUUCGCAUUGUUGUCUGCAAAUGGUGGACGAGAUUACAUCAGCCAUUUUUAAGUGUCCAGAAGUAUACGCAAAAACUCGUUUAUGGAAUGAGGGUAUUAUAAAUUUAAAAAACGCUAUUGGAAGAAAAUUAGAUUACGCAUCUUUUAUGCUUUUGAAGGAUGCUUAUCUUUACUUGGACCAGAAAUCUCAGAAUAUGGAAUACGGUUUUUCAGAAGGCCAGAUCACUCUCUGUCUCUGGGCAAACAUUUACAGGUCGAUUAGAAGACGCGGGAUGGAGAGGAAUGGAUUUCGAUUUUGGAUUCCACCAGAUCUGGCGGACGAGGACUGCGCAGUCAGGAUUCUGCAUCUGUGCUUUCCGCCGUCACUCGAAACGCUCUAUUUGGCAAAAGAAGACGAAGAACAAGCAGGUGAGAUGCCAGAUGAAGAAACUUUAAACGACAAAAAUGACAUAAGUCUCGAAAAUGAAGAGGAGAAAAAUGUUGGUGGUAAUACUGAAAACGAAGCAUGUGAAAAAGGGAACCUCAAUACCAUGGAAAAGAAAUCUGAUGCAAAUGUUUCCUCAGAAAGUGCGGAUAUUCCUCCAGCAGGAGAACAGGAGACAGAAAAUGUUGAGGAAAGUGACGAAAAAGAUCAGUACAGCAUAGAUGUUACAGGCACAACACCUUCAGAGCCAGAAAAGAAGUUUCUGAAUCUAAACGAAUAUUUCCUGGUUGGAGGACUACUUCAUUUUGAUCUUCUGGAAGUACCAAAAUUAACUUUUCGACAAAAUGGCCUCACAUAUAUUCAUAGAGAAGAACCGAAGUUAAGGCGGAUGAGAUAUGAACCCGAGCCAUUCUACUUGAUUCCUACAACGUCUGAAAAUCUGGGUUCAGAAAAAGAUGUUAAAAUAGAGAAGUCUCUGGAAACACAUGAAGAGGAACCUGCAGAUACAGAUUCAGAUUCAGCUUCAGUUUCCGGUUCUGAAGAAGGAGUUCAAACACCCACCGAAAACAGAAAGAAUAUCGUAGGAUUGCAUAUGCCUUCUGAGGAGAAUGCUUUCUCGGCCGACGAUAUCGCAUUGGUGGAUUAUGAUGAAGAGGAGCGUAUUUUAACAUUCGAAACGAAUGGGUUUGGAAUUUUCGGAAUGUUCCAAAAACGGUAUUAUAAUUUUCCUUACAAGAGUUGGCGGAUAUAUGGCGGAAAAAUCAUUGAUCUGUACUUACAUGGUAAGUUUCUUUCUCUGAGAUUAGAAAUAUCAGAGCAGGGUUGCCGUUUGGAAUCCAUAAAACCAGGCAAAAUAGUUGCUUCCGAACUUCUGCCUUCAACAGAUUGGAUGACACCAGAUCAGUUGAUUGAGAAAAGUAAAUUAGAGCAAGAUGUUUACAAUAGCAUCGCUUUACUCAGCAAGGACUAUGAUUUUUCAUCUAGCAAAUGGAACAGCAGGUUGCCCUCUGGUGGUAUAGCAGUAAAUUAUCUACAUGUUUCUGAGCGCAAAAAAGAAAAAUAUGACCUAGUUCUGAUUCGUAGUGAUAGAACGGUUAGAUUGAAACAAAGUGAAGAAAUGGAAACUUUUAGCAGCGAACCUGCAAAUUCACAAAAGGUAUAA